AUGCUACGAGACCAAAAGGGUCUGAAAGGAGAUACCGGUACACGACUUUUCCUAACAUUCGAGCACGAUACCCUGGCCAACGUGACAGAUAAGUCACAGAAUUCCGACUGCUUCGUGUGUCGAACACUCGCCGAAUAUUUCAUCAUCCGCGGCUACAAUGUCAGUCGCAAGGAUGGCUCUCGUCGCCUCACUGCCAUCCUACAGGCAGUUGCAGACAGGCGAGAUCUAUUCCGUCUAGACUUUAAGGUUGAUGAUCGAAUGAUUAGCAGCUUUGUGCUUCAAGCUAACAAGAACGAUGCGCCUGUGCUCCCUGCGCUCACAGCACCGAGUGCCACGACUGACGAUCCAGAAGUCAUUGCACGUGCAAGGGAGUGGAUCGAAGAUUGCUUCGCCAAUCAUUCCAAGUGUCGUCCUGCAUCAGAACCCGAAUGGUAUCCGUCUCGCCUGCUCGAUCUUACUUCUCAGCUCAGUGAUACAGCCAAGGGCGACUCCGUGAGACUCGUGUCUCGCAAGGAUGGUGUCGUGCCUCAACUUGAGAUACAGGGUCGCUACAUGACCCUCAGCCAUCGAUGGGGCCAGAAGACCUUGUUGAAACUCACCAGAGACAACAUACGCGAGUUUAUGGGAGGUAUACGAUUGACUGCCCUUCCAAAGACUUUCAGGGACGCCAUCAAAGUUGCCAGUAGCCUUGGAAUCCGCUGGCUAUGGAUUGACGCACUGUGUAUCAUCCAGGAAGACACGGGUCUGAAAGACUGGCUCGAAGAGUCCGCCUCCAUGGAACGCGUGUACACCAACUCUUAUUGUAAUAUAUCGGCAACAUUUGCUGUCGAUAGCUCAGAAGGCUUAUUUCACACUCGCGAUAUGACAUGGAGAUGGCACGAGACGGUGACACUCAACACCAAGGGUUUGCGUAUGAGUGGAGGACAGAAGGUAUCCUGUAAUAUUCUGGAUCCAUUCUUUUGGCAGAGAUACGUUGACGACGCGCCUGUGAAUCGAAGGUCUUGGGUCUACCAGGAGCGGAUGUUGGCUCCGCGAAUCUUGCACUGGUGUAAAGAUCAGAUCGCCUUCGAAUGUAAAUCAAGCAAACGGGCUGAACUCAGACCGGAAGGUCUCCCGCACUACCUCCUGAGAACGGGCACAGUGACCGAGGACACAAGAUUGAAGAGCGCUGAUGUUGAAGAGGGCAAACGUCUAUGGCACAUCCGCCAAAAGUCCUCCAAUAGAUCGGCCCUUCAGCGUAUGGUUGACGAAGCGGACUCCGCCAAGAAAAUCGACGACAAGUUCUAUCUCUACGAGUUGUGGAAACAUUGGGUCGAGGCCUAUUCGAAGAUGGAGCUCACAAACUCAGAAGACCGUUUGCUGGCCUUGUCUGGAGUGGCAGAAAUGCUCAACGCUCGUCUCAAAGAGGCGGAUGGCCCAGACCGAUAUAUCGCCGGCCUAUGGCAGGCUUAUGCGGCCAGCCAGCUCUUAUGGCAUGUCAACCAAGGCGAAGGCGAGAACAGGCAACCACUUGAGAACACAAGGCCUGCAGAGUACCGUGCGCCGUCAUGGUCCUGGGCCGCUGUCGAGACUCCAAGAGGCAUCACUAUGGGCGAGACCACUGACGAGAAUCUGCUGGUGGACGUUGCAUUCGUCCGCCUAAUAUACCGAACCACGCAGAACAAGUUCGGUCUGAUUGAGGAUGGCUAUAUUGUCGUCCGUGGUGUCUUGCGGAAGAUCGAGCUGAUUGACGACUUCAGGCCUGUGCGAGGUCCACUAAAUGACUAUGAGUCAUUUAUCAAUUCACACAAUUGGGAUUCCUACCUACCACUAUUCUUAGCGCUGCUCUUCGCCACAAUAAAUCUGCACAUCUUACUAUGGCAGACGUGGAUGUCGUUCCUUUCCUCCACCCCUAUUCUCAUCACUCAACUCGCCGCAACGAUAUGCUGCUAUUUCUUCCGCUCCUGGAAGCACCAACUGCAACAGCCACCAAUAGCAAUACCGCCAGACCCAAACAGCAACCGCUACAAAUGGCGGCUCGUCCGUGGACGCAAGAAUAGCCCCAUGGGCAAAUACUACGAUUCGCUAGUCUACCUCGACAGCCCGCUCUCCGAGCCCUCCAUCUUCGGGCCAGAUGCGCAGGUGUACUGUCUACCAAUACGAAAGCCGAAGGCUGAUGAGCGGCACCUGUUCUGCUUACUGGUCCAGGCCGUGGAUGGCGAGUACGGUAUGAGGUAUCGGCGGGUCGGGAUGACAAAAGUGUCAGAGCUUACGCCGAUCAUGCUGCACGAUCUGACCACGCCGCCGGGCCAGGAUAUGAACGAGAGAGAAGACCAUCCCACCCACACCCCCUUCCACCAGCCUCGCCGGCAAAACCGCCUCAUCACAGGCGCCAACUCCGGCCUCGGCCUCGAGACCGCCCGCCAAUUCCUCCUCCUACAGGUCUCGCGCCUGAUAAUCACUACCAGAUCACGCGUCAAAUCUCUUGAAACUAUCGAAUCUCUCAGGAACGAUCCAGGGGUAAAGUCCAAGAACCCGGAUGCCGUGAUCGAAGCGUUCGAGGUGGAAAUGGACGACGGGCAGUCCAUCAGGGCGUUUGUGGGAAGGGUGAAAAAGGAGGUGAAGGAGCUGCAUUUGUUGGUGUUGAAUGCAGGGAUACAGUAUUUGGGGAGGAAGGUUGGGAAGAUGGGGAAUGAGGUAGGGAUGCAAGUGAACGCAUACACGCCCAUCAUCAUCGCCCUCGCUCUCCUUCCCCUCCUUCGCUCCUCUGCCCGUGGCGGCGAGCCAGCAAGAUUGACCCUCGUCGGAUCGGGAAUGCAGGCACAACACGCCCUCUCCAAGAAUCCCAUCGACGCCUCCACAGCAAUCAUCGAACACUUCAACCACGGUCUGGCCGUCUUGCCCACAAGUGAACGAACCUCUCCCACCUGUAGCGCAAAGAAAGCGUCCAAUGCUUCCAAGGAUACCUCGACCUCCGGCGUCUCGGCUCUCGGCUCUGGGCUACAAUCCUACGCCGACGCCAAGCUCCUCAUCGCCCUCUUCACCCGACAGAUUUCCCUCCAGGUGCCCAGUACGGAAGUGGUGAUCAACAACGUCUGCCCCGGUGUGGUCCGCACCUCCCUGGCUCAGCAUAUGCCCUGGGUUCUGAGGACCUUUGCCCAGCCGGUGUUCUUCUGGGUCAAGGACGCACGGACAGUGGAGCAGGGUGCGCGCUGCUUGGUUUGGGCUGCUACUACGACUGAAGCUACACAUGGAAGGUUCAUUCAGGGCGUGGACGUCAGCAGGGGCGCGGAACUUGUUUGGAUGGAGGAGGGCAAAGAGCUUGGGAGGAAAUUGACGGGGGAGAUGGAGGGGGAGUUGCGGGCUUGGGAGGGUUUGUAUGUCAAGGGUACCUAA